CUCACUCUUACUCCUGCCUGGUGUGCAUGGCGCGAGAGGAGAGGGAGAGACGCAGAAGUGAGACUGAUUACUUUGAGCAACAUGCAUGGGAAUAAGUUACAAUAUAAUACAUUUGUGUAUAUUUCUCGCUAUUCAGAUGGUCAUGGUGCUGCUGUUGCGCACAUGUGUGUGUGUAUGAUCGAUAGAUUUAUGAUCAAUAGAUUUAUGAUUUCGAGCUAUUUUCCAAAAUCCUAUGGAGAAAUUGCAUUGCUUUUUUGUUGAAGGAACCCAUGCGCAGCUUACUUCCGGGUGGCACUCUAUUUUGUCCUUUGACUGAUUACACACAAACUUAACAAAACCCUUAACAACACUUUAGUGGCCUAACAUUGGAUUUCUAUGCUAUAUCAAUACCUUUAAAAAAAAAAGCACACAACUGACAAUAAGCUGUAAACACUUCAUUUACAGGACAAGCGCUAGAUUUUUGAGAAUGUUUAAGAGAUGAUCAUGUGUGCCCUGAUAAAAAAAAUAUAGAUAGAUAGAUAUAGUUUGAAGCUACUCAGCACCACCAUGUGGCUGAAAGACAACAAGUAUCAAAUGCUCAGACAAAAUGUAUGUUUAUAUUCCUUCCUCCUUCUAUUCUUCUUUUUGCACAGAGAUUCCAGAUGGAGUCGACCACAGAGUCCGGAUACAGCCUGUUUGACGGCAUAGAAGAGUUGUAUGAAAAUGACAAUUCCUCUGAUGAGGAUUGUUGUAAUGGUGAUGUGUGUGACCUGACUGAGGGCAUGCACUUUGAGUCGGUGUUCAUACCAGUUCUGUACUCCGUGGCCUUCGCUCUGGGAGUCCUGGGGAACGGGGUGCUGCUGGGGGUUCUGGCUCGGAGCAGGGGGAGGUGGAGUGUGACGGACACCUUCAUCCUCCACCUGGGGGUGGCCGACAUCCUGCUGCUGCUGACGCUGCCGCUGUGGGCCGCACAGUCCGCUCAGAAGGAAGGGUGGACGUUUGGAACUCCGCUCUGCAAGAUCACUGGAGCUGUUUUUACGAUCAACUUCUAUUGUGGGAUCUUCCUGCUGGCGUGCAUCAGUCUGGACCGCUACCUGUCCAUCGUCCACGCGACCCAGAUGUACUCCCGCAGGAACCCCCGGGUGGUUCACAUCAGCUGCCUGGCGGUGUGGAUCUUCUCGCUGCUGCUCUCCCUCCCUGACUGGAUCUUUUACCAUGCUGUUCAGGAUGACAGGAGAGGCAACAGAACAGAGUGUGUUCCAGACUACUUCCAGUUCGACCCCAAAUAUGUCUUUAAUUGGGAACUGGCCUCCCGCGUGCUGUCCCACACGGCGGGCUUCCUGUUGCCCUCCGUCGUCCUCAUCUUCUGUUAUUCCUGCAUCCUGCACCGGCUGCGCUGCGGCUCCCAGGGCCUUCAGAAGCAGAAAGCUUUCAGGAUCAUCGUGGCCGUGGUGGUGGUGUUCUUCAUCUGCUGGACGCCGUACCACAUCACUCUCAUGGUGGACACACUUCUUUCGGACAACAGCUGUGGAGUCAGAGGAUCUCUGCAAAAAGCCAUGGUGGUCACCUCCUCCCUGGGCUACCUCCACUGCAGCCUCAAUCCCAUCCUGUACGCCUUCGUGGGAGUGAAGUUCAGGCGUCAGCUCGUGGACAUCCUGAGGUAUAUGGGCUGCCAGCUGAAGAUGAGUGCCAAACUGCAGUCUGUUACCAGCAGGAGAAGCUCUGUGUGGUCGGAGUCUGCAGACACCUCCAACUCCAUCGCUGUCUGAGAGGGAUCCACAAGCAUUUGAACAUUUCAACAGGUCCAGGCCACCGUAUAGCUAACUGGCGGCCUUUGCUGCAGAGGAGAGGGGUUUGAAUCCGACCCAAGGAACAUUAACAUCUCAUAAAUGUUUUGUUUUGUUUUAGUUGAUAUUUUCAGAGAGCUGUUAAUUCAACUUUAUCUUUAAUUAUUGAGUUUGCAGUUACUGCUGUUUUGUUGUUCUGGGAAACUAGAAUAAAUGCACAGCUGCUGCACUGCCAAAGCAUUAUCCAAACCACCCAUCUAUGUUUGAAUUCAUUUUUGUCAUUUCAAUCAGAUUAGACACAAGUGAUCCCCUCUUUCUCCCCCUUCAGUUAAGGCACUGGUGGCCCAAAUAAUUACCGUAAAACUAAAAAACAAAACACACGUAUAAGCCUGAUUAAGCUUAUUAAAACUGACACAAAGACAGAGAUCUGAGCAGCUGAGUGAACAUGUGUUUCUGUAAAUGUCCUGUGUUUGAAACCUUUCUCUCAUGUUCCUGUCGUCCUCAGCACAUUAAUAGCUCAACAUAACACUGGGACAAAAAUAUGUUUGUCUGAGCUGAACCUGAGGUCAUACAGCUGUACUGUGAGCAGCAGAUUUAUUUGAGUUGUAAUGGAAAUAUAGCAUUUCCCUUUUCUGACAGCAAGGAGUAUCGUAGUGCAGCUUUUCUACUGUUUUACACAGAAACCUUUAAAUUACAUAUUGUUUAUACUUUUUUACUGCAUGUGUCAUUAUGUAAAUACAUUGUUCAAAUAAAGAUUAAAAUAUGUUGAAUCUUA